CACCACUGAUUGCCUGGUUGCUGGUGAAUCUCUGUGAUCUGACAGCAGGGGCAGAGCGAGCUCAGCUAAUGUGUCAGCGCUCCUGUGAGGAGUUGAAUGUUCUGUUGUCGGAGCUCCAUGACCUCCGCAUGGUCACCACAAGCUUGCUGAUCGACCUGGAGAGAGCUACUGAGGAGCAUGAGGCACUGCGUGUAGCCCUCUCUGAGCUGGGCAGAAGAGGAGAGGAGAGAGUGUGUAUGCAGGAUGGGCAUGUGUAUCAGCCAGAGGAGAGCUGGGUUUCGGACAGCUGCACAUCCUGUACCUGCCAGGAGGGGAAGGCAGUGUGCCAGCAGGUCAUCUGUCCUCCAGUAGCAUGUUCCAGCCCUGCUUUCAAAGACAGCGAAUGCUGCCCAGAGUGUCCAGCAUUAGGCAGUGAGGAAGGAUGGUCCCCAUGGUCGGAGUGGACAGAAUGUUCGGUCACCUGUGGCAAUGGCACCCAGCAGAGGGGGCGGUCUUGUGAUGAUGUCAUCACAUCUUGUCUUGGCUCCUCCCUCCAAACACGUGAAUGCACUCUGGGAAAUUGUGCCAACCGAGUCCGUGUGGAAAGGGGCUGGGGUCUCUGGUCUCCGUGGUCGGCGUGCUCUGUGUCAUGUGGCGCAGGUGUCAUGUCGCGUGUUCGCCUCUGCGACAACCCCCACCCCCAGUACGGGGGCCUCGGCUGCCAUGGCAACACCACAGAGACACAUCCCUGUGAUUCCUCUCCCUGCCCAAUUGCUGGGGCUUGGGGGCCGUGGUCCCCUUGGUUACCAUGCAGCUUUUCAUGUGGUGGUGGACUGACGAGUCGUCAGAGGGAGUGUUCUAAUCCCGCCCCCCAGCACGGAGGCAGGAAGUGUCUUGGGGAGACGGCCGACUAUGCAGCCUGCAAUACACAACCCUGUCCAAUAGACAUGUGUCUGUCUAGGCCCUGCUUCUCAGGGGUCUCCUGCCGCUCGUGGUCUGACGGUUCAUGGGAAUGUGGUCCAUGUCCACUGGGUUACCAUGGAAACGGCUCUGUCUGUGAAGAUGAGGACGAAUGUGUGUUGCAGGGCGUGUGUGUGACAGAGUGUGUGAACACAGACCCCGGGUUCCACUGUCUCCCUUGCCCUCCCCGAUACCGCGGCAACCAACCUUACGGCCUUGGACUGAAGUAUGCCAACAACAUGAAACAGGUGUGUGAGCCCCACAACCCCUGUAAGGAUAACACACACCAUUGCAGUCAGCAUGCAGAAUGUGUGUACCUGGGCUUGGCGUCGGAGAGUGGGUAUCUGUGUGUGUGCGCCGUUGGUUAUGCUGGGGACGGCUUCCUGUGUGCUGAGGAUUCUGACCUGGAUGGCUGGCCCAAUCACAACAUUCCCUGCCUUCGCAAUGCUAGCUAUCACUGUCGACAGGAUAACUGCCCAACCCUGCCAAACUCCGGACAGGAAGACAUUGACAACGAUCGACUUGGAGAUGCCUGUGAUCCUGACGACGAUAAUGAUGGCAUCUUAGAUAUGAGGGAUAACUGCCCUCUCCGCUACAACCCUCGUCAGUUUGACUCAGACACAGACGGAGUUGGGGACUACUGCGACAACUGCCCCUUCACGUACAAUCCGACACAGAUCGACACGGACGCCAACGGGGAGGGGGACGCCUGCAGUGUCGACAUGGAUGGGGACGAGCUGCUGAAUGAGUACGAUAAUUGCCCCCUGCUGUACAAUACCGAUCAGAAAGACACAGACCUGGAUGGAGUUGGAGACCUUUGUGAUAACUGUCCUCUACUGCACAACCCCACACAGACCGAUUCAGACAGUGAUCUGGUGGGUGAUCAGUGCGAUGACAAUCAGGAUGUUGAUGAAGAUGGUCAUCAGAACUCUUUAGACAAUUGUCGCUACGUUGCCAAUAGCAACCAGGUUGACCAUGACAAUGAUGGCCUCGGCGAUGCCUGCGACCAGGAUGAUGACAACGACGGUAUCCCUGACGACCGUGACAACUGCCGCCUUGUGCCAAACACAGACCAGAUAGAUGCAGACAGAGACGGUCGCGGCGAUGCUUGUAAGGAUGACUUUGACAAUGACAGUAUCCCCGAUGCCCUGGACGUGUGUCCCGAGCACAGUGGCAUUGGAGUUACAGACUUCAGGAAAUUUCAAACGGUCCUGUUGGACCCUCGGGGCACCACCCAAUCGGACCCUCUUUGGUUGAUCCGAGGAGACGGCACUGAACUGCUGCAGGCUGCCAACUCUGACCCCGGAAUCGCCUUGGGUUUUGAUGAGUUCAGUGCGGUGGACUUCAGUGGGACGUUCUACGUGAACACAGACCGUGACGAUGACUACGCAGGUUUUGUGUUCUCCUUCCAGUCCAGUAGACGGUUCUAUGUUGUCAUGUGGAAACAGGUCAGCCAAGCGUACUGGGAGAAGAGCCCCUCCAGGGCGUACGGGAAUGCUGGCAUUGCUAUUAAAGUGAUCAACUCAAUCUCAGGACCAGGAGAGGCCCUUCGCAAUGCACUGUGGCACACUGGUGACACCCUGCAGCAGGUUCGCACUCUGUGGCACGACCCAAAGAAUGUAGGCUGGAAGGACUACACUGCCUACCGCUGGCACCUCAUCCACCGUCCCAAGACUGGCUUCAUAAGGGUAGUGGUGUAUGAGGGAAGGUCCAUCCUGUCUGACUCAGGGGCGGUGUAUGACACCACCUUAUCUGGUGGAAGACUGGGACUGUUUGUGUUCUCGCAGGAACAUGUACUCUUCUCAGACCUCAGAUACACCUGCAGAGAUAACUGA